AUGCAGCUCGCUUUGAUGAUUAUUCUACCAAUCGUCGUCACGACUUCGACCAACAUCGCAGGAGACGGAGACAUAAACAUCACGGCAACGGGAAACAUUGAUCUUACUGCAACAAGUAUAACCGUAAACGGUAGACCUCUACAAGAUUUCAUCAAUGGGCAGAAAGCAGGGAAAGGAGACGUAGAGACAGGAGAUCAGCCUGGAAGACCGUCUCCGGACGCGUGCCGUUGUUGCGAUCGUUUGUCAGCUCUGGAGUUAGAGUUAGCACGAGUGGGUUUGGCGACGUUUCGUCCGUCACCUCCUAAGUCAAAUUACAAAAACUGCAAAGAAGCCUUGUCGACUGGACAUCGUCGCAGCGGUGUGUAUACUGUUGAUCCUGGUGAUGGUUUGGAGGCAUUUAAGGUCUACUGUGACAUGACGACGAGUGGAGGUGGUUGGACUGUAUUUCAGAGAAGACAAAAUGGAUCUGUGGAUUUCUAUCGCGAUUGGGCAAAUUACAAAGCUGGUUUUGGUGACAUCAACGGCGAAUUUUGGUUGGGAAUGGAUAAGAUACAUCGUCUUACAGCUACAAACCAGACGCUCAGAAUUGAUCUGGCUGACUUUUCAAAUGGUACACGCUACGCACAAUAUGAAGCCUUCUCAAUAGCAGACGAAGCUGCUAAAUACAAGAUAAGUUUGGGACAGUACAGUGGCAAUGCUACCAAUUCACUAUCUGGUCACAACGGCAUGAAAUUUUCAACGAAAGACCAAGACAAUGACGUGUACGACAGAUCUUGUGCUGUCGAAUUUCAAGGUGGUUGGUGGUAUAAAGCAUGUCAUCACUCUAACUUGAACGGAAAAUAUUUGAAAGGAAAUCAUUCUUCUUAUGCGAAUGGCAUUAAUUGGAGCAGUUGGAGGGGAUAUCAGUAUUCACUGAAAUUUACUGAAAUGAAAAUGAGACCAACAAUGUGAGGCUACGCCAAAGAUUUCAAAAGCAACAGGGAAAGCACGUAAAGAGUUGUCAGUCAAUUUUCGUGGGCAAAAUUUUGAUUGUGUGAGUGAAAGUAGUUACAUUGCUCACCAAACGUGAUCUGGUCAUUAGUAUAGAUGUUGUUAUGCGUUAG